CACCUCAGAAGUGGUCUCUCCGUCGUCUCCACACAGUGAACGAAGAAAUUUUCACUUAGAGAUCAUGGAAAAGAAUUCUCAGGAGAAACCUGAGGACUGUCACUUUCUAGAUGCAGAAUCAACUAAGACGAGAAAGAUCUGCAAAAGAUGCAAGAUCUGUGGACUGCUCUGCAUACUGGUGAUUUUUCUUAUUCUGAUAUUUUUUGGUGUCAGAUAUUUCUGGAACUCAACACCUAAAAAAAUAUAUGACAUGGAGCAUACAUUCUUUAGCAAUGGUGAGAAGAAGACUAUUUUGAUGGAGAUAGAGCCUCUAACUAGAACCGAGUCAUUUAGAACUGGGAAUGGCAGUGAGGAAAUCUUGGAAAUACAUGACUUUAAAAAUGGAAUAACUGGCAUCUUUUUUGUGGGACUACAAAAAUGCCUCAUCAAAACUCAGACUAAAGUAAUACCUGAAACUACAGAGGCCGAGAUACAGGAACUUGAGGGAAAUGUCAUUACAACAACCUACUUUGAGCAAUCCAUGGUCUGGAUUCCAGGAGAAAAACCUAUUGAAAACAAAGAAUUCCUAAAGAACUCUAAAAUUUUUGACAUUUGCAAAAAUGUGACCAUACACUGGAUCCACCCAACUUUGAUAACAGCUCCUGAAUUCCAUGACUUUGACAGUGGUGGGGAAGAUGAUGUCCAGAUUCUUGUGAACAAACAAGACUGGGACAAGGAACAGAAUAAGCAUCGUGUGGAUAAGGCAGCAAGGCCAGAGGCAAAACGCCAGGCUCGGCAGCUGACAGAAGAGGAUCUUCCUGUAAACGACUAUUCAGAGAACGGACUCGAGUUCCACCCCCUGUGGGAUGAAAGGGGCUAUUGCUGCGCUCAGUGUCGCCGGGGCAACCGCUACUGCCAGCGGGUGUGUGAACCUCUGCUGGGGUAUUACCCCUACCCCUACUGCUACCAGGGAGGAAGGGUUAUCUGCCGAAUCAUCAUGCCAUGUAACUGGUGGAUAGCACGCAUGUUAGGGCGUGUAUAGGGAUGCUCACAACUAGCAAAGCAAUGGAACAACAACAGAUAUAUGCUCUCACUGUAGAGAGGAAACCACAGCCUCUGAGUACUUGCAUGCUACCUGUAUCCUAGCCUUGCCAUGUUACAAGUUAUCUUGUAUUACCAGUAGCUAAAGUGUAGGUCAUUAACUGCUUGAUUUCAUCUGAAUACUGCCCCCUGCCCUGAGCAAGAACAGCCAAAAGUCCCCUGCCAUCAGCACAGUGCCCACAGACAGCACCCAGAGGGUUGACAAAAGCUAUAUUUCAUGGGUUGGGGUUUGUGCUGAGCAGUAAGAAAUGAGACAAACAAUAAACACAUUAUUUGACUGAUUGCAAAGGAAACAAAGUUGUUUGGUGGCAGUUAAUGAUACUGAAUGGGCUUGAAAGGUGAUCUAAAUGUGCAGCUUUGCGCCUGGCUCAAGUGACAGGUUGCUGAGUGGGUUCAGCUAGCUAUGGACAAAGGUUCCAUAUUGCUCCCUCUUUAGCCAGUUAUCACUAUUCCUAUAAAUGAUCCCUUUACAACUUACAGGCUGACAGGCUAUACCACUGACAAAUCUCUAAAAGUAGAAAUCACAUGGAAAGGACUCUUGUAGGAUUACCAGGGGCCAUUAGUUCAGCCUAAAACCAGGUGCUGAAGGAAAAAGUGCUGAUGGUUUGAAAGUUGGUACUCUGCCCACUAUGGUCAGCACCAAAUCAGUGUGUCCUCAACACAGUGCUCAGAGAUGCUGAGCUACAACAGUUGCUACCUUUUGGAUGAGAUCCAAGAGCAGGUACUUGUCCCAUUUGUGGUCAUUACAAUAUCCCAUGAUACUUUUCCCAAAAUGAGAUGUCUUAAGCCCACAGUCCUGGCUGGUUUCCAACUUGAAUAAUUACAUCUUGCCUGCUUAAUUUACCCCCUGCCAUUCUGAUUGGACACUGCUCUUCACUUCCAUUCCUAAGGAAAAAUCUUCCCCCACGGGCAGGGCUGGGAGGACCAUUGAGCUGAAGGGACACACAAAUUCUGCCACUCUUAGUGAAAAGCUACAGUGCCAGAUGGCUGAUACAGAAACUUCUACCUCUUCCCUCUAGUGCCUCUCAUCAGUGACUCUGUGAAGACUGUACCUAGAAAGAACUCAGGGUACACAGAUGCUGCAGAAGACAUAUUGAGAGCUUAAAUCACACGCAGGUGCACAGGCAGGAAUCAAGUUGCACAUAUAAGCCCAAAAUAAGGCAUUAAGAGUUUUUAUAUAUCAACAGGAGUUAAAGCCAUGGAAGGGAGAGCCUGUGUAACUACAAAUAGGUGUAGCCUCUCUGAGGUCAGGCAAGGGAAAAUCAUUUGAAAUGGCUGCCUCGUUCAAAGCAGACGACAUGUGGGAGAUCAGGGAGGAGGUGAACGUAGACUGCAACAAGACAAACAGAAGCUGCUGUAUAGGCCUCUAGUGAAGCUCUAAGGCUAGGGACAGACAUUCAAAAUCCUGAGCCUAAAUUGACUCAAUCUUUGCAGGUUAGUCUAGCCUGGCUGGGCUAAACCAGUUUGUAAUCAUAAAGACAUCCCCCAUGGACUGAAAAAAUGUAGGCACAUGCCUGCAGUGGCUCAGACCAGAAACCAAGGGGUGCUAAAGCAGCCCUCCCUUCCCUUUCACAGUGCUGAGAUGAGGGGGGUGUGACCAGGCUCUGGCAGGACAAGAGUUCCCCACCCCCUCCUGAG